AUGAAAAAGGUCUGGGAGACGUACGAGGACAAUGGAAAGCCCUACUACUACAAUGUGGUUUCGAAACAGUCAGUCUGGGAUGUGCCAGCGGAUCUGGCGACUGCCUUCAUCCCGGCAACCGGAAGCGACCCAGCUGAUGCACCACCAGGCGUCCAGCAAACACAGCCACAACCAAUACAAAGGCAACUGCAACAAGAGUUGCCGCAUGGAACCCCGGCGGGGCUGUCACAGAGUCAACUGCCGGGAAUGGUUGGCGGCCCACCAAAUAUGAAUAACCAGAUAAGUGCGGUGAAUGGUGUGCCGCAGAAACAAGCCCCAGCGCAGCUGUACAUGCAGCAAGGCCAACCUAUGCUAUAUUCAAAAGCAGACCCACAUCUGCAAGCACAGCCACAGACCUAUUCAAAUACAUCAGCUCAGCCACAGACAUCGCAGGGGGUAAGCGGCCCCCAGAGCAAUGCAGAGGCUAUUCGUGUUGAAAAUGACGUUACUCAUAUCCAAAUUACAACCAAGACAACAACCGAGUUUACUACUGCGACCGAAGGGGAAGACAAGAAAUCAGUCAAGAAUGACAAACCCGUAGGCAAAGUGAAGCUCACAGACUCGGAGUGGAUGGUCAUCAUUACUGCCAGCGGGCGUAAGUUUUACAACAACGGUACACAAUCCAUCUGGGAGUUGCCUAUGGAGUUAGAUCUCAUGGGCUACGACGGCGAUAAAAUCGACGAGAUAUGCAAGCAAUACAUGAGGGACAAGGAGAGCAGGAAACGGAGUUCAAGCAAACGCACCCAUUCGGAUCAGCCAGAGCAGGACGCCAAGAAGCCGAAGACCGUAGGAAGUAUAGAUCCGUAUGGGCACGUCGCUGUAAUACCGGGAGUUAUCUCAGAUGAUGACUCAUCGGACCACUACGACAAUCUGCCUGAGGAUCAGAAGGAGAAACACUUUAAACAGAUGCUCGAGGAGUCAUCGAUCACAGCAUUUGAUUCGUUCGAUGUGGUCAAAACACGACUCAUGCUGGACAAGAGGUGGAAUCUGGUCAAACCAAAGGAGAAGCGUAUCUUGUUUGAUGUUCAUGUGCGCAAUCUAAACAAAAGAGACAGGAAGCCUGCGCUGCAACCUAAGGACCAUUUCAUGGCCUUGUUGAAGGAGAAAAAGGUAUCUGCGAAUACGGAUUGGUACAAGUUUGCUGCUAGAUACAGAAAGGACCAUCGGUUCAAAAAUUAUGGAACCGACAAGGAUCGAGUCGACAUGUUUCAAGCUUACAAACUCGCGUUGGACGAAGAGGUUCCUGAUGUUGCUAAUCAAAAGCAUGCGAUAGAAAAUUCGCAUAAGCACACACACUCGCCGAGCCCCUCACACAAUGGCGUGGGCGGUGGCCAUAGUCAUUCUGAUCGGGAAGAAGGUUUCAGGCAGCUACUUCUCGACAAGGGAAAAGUAGAUUCGUAUACUAGUUAUAGAGAUGUAAAGAGUCGCAUCCGCUCCGACGACAGAUAUGAUGCAAUGGGAUCGGCGAGUGGCAGAGAGAGACUAUUCGACGAGUUGCGUGAUUCGAUACGAAGGAAGGAUAAAGAAUAUCUCGGACGAGAGGCGAUAAAGAAGCGAGAAAAAGAAGGAGCGAGCCAGAAAUCAGAAAUGGAAGCGAAAACUAAUAAGGAACGAUCCACAUACAAGCAAGAGGAGGGCCAGGCUGUGUUCACCGCACUAUUGCUCCAUGUGGUGAAGAAUGCUAUGUCAUGGCGAGUGGCCAAAGAGGAUCUGAGAAACGACAGCAGGUGGAGGGAUUGUGGACUAUCCGCAGAUGAGAAGGAAGCACUUUUCAGAGAGCACACGCGCAAGCUUGACGACAAGGCUGCAGCAAGAUACCACAACCUCAUUGAAUCUUAUCUCAACUUGAAGCUUGAUACCCCGUUCGAAGAAGUGGCGAAGCAUAUUGAAGGCGAUCCUCGAUAUGAAAGAUUCAGAAGUGAGGAUAAGGACGAGCGCAAGAAUGAAUUCGAGCGAUAUAUGGUACAAAAGAAGAAAAUGGCUCUUAAAGACUUCAAGAAUUUGCUGCUCGAGACCAAACAAAUAAAUUACAAGACGCAAAGCGAAAUUCUACAGAACCCUGGAGUGGUGGAGCACAUCAAAUCCAUACUUAAGCAAGAUAAGCGUUACAUAGAUUUAGACUGCUUCCGAGAGGAGCGCUACACUAUGAUGAACGAACAUAUAACGGACAUGGCACAGAGAGGCGAGCCAAGGCCAGUCACCGCCUCUGUGCGAUGACGAGACUCAUAUUAAUAACAGAAAAGAAAAGACGUACAAAGUUUAUUACGCCGGCGGAGGAGUUACCGUAGCUCAUUAGUGCCCAGGUUUGGUUCAGAUGUGUUGUCGAAAAUGGUAGCUCACCAUGUGGUGCAAGAACAGUUGUCGCGCUGAGGAGGUUAGGCAGGCCAUAUGUGUCAAGUUGAAACUCGCCAGUCGAAAUAUGGGUCUAUGAGAACUAUCUGCAAACACCGCGUAUGCUUGUGACGUGCAUAUACUACGGUAUUGUCAUGUGAUGGACCACAAAGCUGUGCUGAAUUCUGACGUGGGAUUCGGUUUGCAAUACUACACCGUAACGUAUAGAAGGCCUGAGGGUACGAACUGUGGAAGUGCCGUGUUGCAAGACAAGCACUACCAGUGGGCCGGAGCAACCUCUUUUGUAUUUUUAGGAUGCAAAAAUAAAUCAUGCCGGAAAACUGCA